UUUCCAAUUCAAAGCUGUUCUCGAAACAAACUUUUUUUUAAUGUUGUCUUUUAGAAUACAGCGCACGCAUUGCUACUAUUGGCUGAAUUUCUCCAGUUCGCUCCAGGAACUCGAGUAUAACGUUUUAAGUUCCGAAGUCAAGAAAAACAAAUGAAAUCUUCUGACGUCAAGACAGUGGAUUGAAAUUCCAGUGAAGCGUUGACAAAAGAUUCUUAACAAUCGGGGUGCUAAGUGUCCCUACGGGAAAACCUUUGAAUAUUAAAGUGUGUGUUGUUUCGAAUGAAAGAUGUCAAAGACUUUGAAACUUGAGCCAACAGUCACACUGGGCCCCAUUGGUGAAAGCACUGAUGACACAGAGGCCGUAGAUCAGGGUAGUAGGAUGAGUCGUGUUGGUCGGGCUAAGCCAUGGCAUCGCUCAAGAACAAGAAGUAUUCUAAUUGUACUAUGGACUAUUUUCACGAUUUGUCUGGCAGUAAUGUUGAUUGUGAUAUUUGUACAGCCGCAAUGGCUUGGAGGAACGAAUCUGAAAAGCGGUGAAAUCAUUAAUUUUGGACUUUACCGUCAAUGUGCCGAAAGCUGGCGAAUGUGCUCGGCAAAGUUGGUCGAAUUCAAUAAAAUUCCUUCGGGUGCUUGGAAGACAGCGACGAUUUUGGUAGCUUUAGCGAUUUGUUCGACGUUUUUAUCGGUGAUUGUGAUGGCGGUGUAUUGGUUYCUGCGCUCAGAUAGAUGGGGCUAUGGAUUUCGAUAUGCAACAGGAUUUCAGGUCUUUACUGCUUUCAGUCUUUUCCUGACAUGCCUCAUCUAUCCAAGUGGAUGGGACUCAUCAGAGGUUACUUCAGUGUGCGGUCCUGACUCAGGCUCGUACAAAACAGGACAUUGUGAAGUAAAAUGGGCAUACUGGAUAGCAAUUAUCUCGUUAUUCGACGCCAUUAUACUUGCUGCUUUAUCGUUCUUCUUCAUUGAGCGCAAGGUUGUUAGCAAGCCUACAGACUAUCCUGCGCGAAAAAACUCCCUUCAGUUGAACGGCACUUCACAACCGACGACUAAUAACAAUCCUGGAGACAGCAAUGAAGAGACUACGACGUUUUAACUGUACAUAUCAAAACAAACAUGUAUAUAGUAAAAUCAAAACUACAAUCAAAAAAGAGAAUUUUUAUAAAGUCAAGCCCGUUAAGCUAUUAAAUAUAUAUUUGUACAACACCUGUAAAGAACGACAUGAAAAGAAUGCGGAUCCCGUCAAUGAAAACACUGAGUGAUAUCUAGAGAAUCUGUGAACAGUGCAAAAUGGUGAUGUUAUAUGUGGCAUAUUGGAAAUGUUUUGUCCUCAUAGCCUCUCUUCUAUUGGAUGGCAUCAAUUGGAUGACCAUGGGGUUGACGAAAAAAGGAAACCUUUGGCGUUCAGUUGCGUUUCGAUUGAUCACUAUAUCAAACAGUUUUUUGAGGAUCAGAUACUCGAGUGUGUACACAUCGUGUUUAAGAAAAUCGUCUUUUAAAGCUUUCUCGACGGUUCAUUUUACAAAAGAAAGAAAUAUUCCUUAAAACUUUUAGUGUUGAUGCCAUGAUGCACUUCGCUGUAUAAAGCAAACCGUGAUGCCCUAGCUCUGCAUUGGAAAGGUCCAUUUUUGUAUCCAAUAGAAUUUGGCUUCCCAUUGCCUGCCUUGAGUUAUAGCCAUCAGUCAUAGUUACCYAAUGGAAAAGACACAAAAUAUGCAGAUAAAUAUGAAUUGUCAUUCAAUCUUUUCAACUAAGAAGUAUUGGCAAUUUUAAUCUUAGACUAGUUUUAGAAUUAUCAGCCACAACUUAAAAUGAUCAAUAAUAAGAUGGUAUAUAAGCUAAGAAAAGUGAAUUUAUGUGUGACCAAGUGGUUCUCGUUGAGUUCUUUCUUGGUGUUCAACAUUCAAAAUACCGAAGAAAU